CUUUACAGUGAGUUCACCAUGGCUGAGAUUGAGCACUUUGUGGACCCCUCUGACAAGGCACACCCCAAGUUUGCAUCUGUGAAGAACCUAGAGAUGGUCCUCUACUCGGCGUGCAACCAGAUGGAUGGCCAGCCUGCACAGAAGAUCACUAUUGGGCAUGCCGUUGAGAAGGGCCUGGUUGCCAAUGAGACCCUGGGCUACUUCCUAGCACGCAUUCAGCUGUUCCUGGAGCGUGUUGGUGUCGACCCUGCAAGACUGCGAUUCCGACAGCACAUGAGCAAUGAGAUGGCCCACUAUGCCUGUGACUGCUGGGAUGCAGAAUGCAAGACUUCCUAUGGUUGGGUCGAAUGUGUUGGCUGUGCAGACCGCUCCUGUUACGACUUGAGCCAACACACCAAGGCCACAGGCGUGCGUCUUGUGGCUGAGAAACCACUCCCACAACCAAUAUCUGUAGACGUGGUGGAAGCCCUUCCAAACAAGGCAGCCAUUGGCAAGCAGUUCAAGAAGGAGGCUAAGCCAGUUUCAGAUGCUCUAGCAGCACUCUCUGCCCAGCAGGUUGACCUACUGGAGAAGGAUCUCAAUGAGAAAGGGGAGUCCGAAGUGGCAGUGGGUGACUCGAAAGUGAAGAUCACUAAGGACAUGGUUCAAGUGAAGCGUUACCAGAAGACUGUGCAUGUGGAUGAGUUGGUGCCUGGUGUGAUUGAACCGUCAUUUGGCAUUGGAAGAAUCAUGUACGCUGUCUUCGAGCACAGUUUCCGAGUCCGGGAAGGAGAUGAGCAAAGGACGUACUUCUCCUUGCCCGCUGCGGUUGCACCACUCAAGUGCUCCGUUCUUCCGCUCAGCAACAAUCCAGACUUUGCCAAGUUUGUGCAACAAAUCUCAUCCGCACUGACGCAGCACGAUGUGGCACACAAGAUUGACGAUAGCAGUGGAUCAAUAGGCCGUCGCUAUGCACGCACUGAUGAAGUUGCAGUCCCAUACGGCAUCACGGUGGACUUCGACACUUUGCGGCAACCGCACACAGCUACCCUGCGUGAACGAGACACCAUGCUGCAAGUUCGAUGCCCUCUUGAAGACCUUGCUCCUUUGGUCCAUGACCUCGUACGUGGAAAGAUCACCUGGGAACACGUUUGCUCCGUUUAUCCAAAGUUCGAGCAGCAGGAAGUGACCAAGGCAUAAUGAUGUCGGGAAUAGGUGUUGCAUAUUGCAGCCUUGUGAACCCUGUCCACGGGGCUCCCCUCUACCACACAUCGCACAAAGUGCUUACAAGAGGCUGCAUGUUGUGUGGUCUUCCAUUGGUAUUUCAUUCGUGCUGUGGAUUUUGCUACGGGGUGGAGGACUUCUGCACCAAUGUGUUUUUUUUUUCUUAUGCGCAGGAGUGUCACAGGCCACAUACUGUCCAUUAGCCAAUGGCCACAUCUAAUGUUGUCGGGUGCUACAACGUAGUGUUGCACGACGUAUGCUUUUGUCGUCAUCUUCUGGUUUCACUGUCCCUGUCUUUCUUAUUUUUCUGUCUUGUCUUCAUUUAAUCCUUUCUAAGGUGAAGUGAAGUCCAUGUACGAGGUGCUUGCUCACUGUGCCAUUGAAUAUUAGCUAUCUGGAGUAAGCAAUGUUUUAUAACUGCUGAAAAGAAGAAAAAGAAAUCAGUGUAGAAUGAUUUGUAUAGGGAAAUGAACAAAUUUCAGCUGCUCGGCAAUUUAAUCGAGUUUCUUGAAGUUUGAAUUAAUGAUCACGAGCAUCAUUAGCUGACAAUACUUCAGAUUUUUUUUGCUAGUUGUGCCCCUCUCAAACAGUAAAGGACCUACAAGGGCCUAUUAUUUUGCGGACUAGUAUUUCUUUAUUUUCGUGUCUCAAAUCGAAUCUUUGACUGUGACGCUUUUGGAAAGAGUAAACCGUUUCUCCAAACUGGCACACUUGGCGUUCCGUAUGAGUCAUGUAGGGGGCAAUCAGGCGACAACACGAGGAGCCAAAAUAACAAAGCCUUUUGUUUAUGUUUGCAGUCGGCCUGUUACUUUUAAUAAUAUAUGUAUUUAACAUCAUGAUUACUGGCAUGUGUUGUCAAAGGUAAAAAACAUUUGUUUAUGAAUACAGGGCCAGAAGCAUUCUUUGCAGUGCUCAGCAGCAGGCUAGUGCUGCAAAUACAUUGCUAGGAAGCAAUGUACUUCGUGCAAACUUAUCGAAGUGCAUUGUGGCAUAUAUGGCGCACCCACUUGGCACCCAUGGCACUUAUUGGAACGAAGUCAGCUUCUGGAAGAAACGAAGAUUCCAAACAAAGGGAGACAGAAUGUUGAGCUUGGCUGUCUACUUUCUUUUGCUCAAUAAAUUGCAAAAAGUGACAUGUGUC